UCAAAAGUUGACCUUUUUGUUAUUCUCACACAUAGUUCGUAACAUUAUAGCGCUUUAGCUAAAUUCAGUCGAAGAGUGAAUGAAAUAAUUUACUUUAGUAUAUUCAAAAGACUUUUGCUGCACAUUUUGUUAAUCUAUACUUUUAUCGUACCACCGAGUGCUAACUGUUAUCAGGGUUUAUCAAAAUAUAUAAAUUAUACAGUCUAGUUUAACUGCACAUAAUAUUUACCUUCCAAAUAGAUAAAUGAUAACGAUUUAUUUAUCAUGCGAUACUACGAAGGGAGGCCGAGCAAUUUGUAAAUAGAAUGGUGUAUAUACAAGAAGAAAGAUAUAUUUGGUUGUAAGGUGCUAAUCGCAAACCGCAGUCAUGCACAUGUGGAUGUGGUUUGGCUACGACCUGGGCGAUUUCCUGUUUUCCGGCCUCACCGUCAACACAAGAUGGGCCUUCGCUCUCACAUGGAUUGCGCUGUUCUUUGUAGCGCUGCUGUUUGAAGCUUCUAAGGUAUACCUGGCGCGAGUUCAGCGGGAGGCGUACCAGAAACUGAACCCGUAUCGGUGUGACGAGAGGCGGAACCUGCUGAGUGAUCGUGAACAAGGCAACCCUAUGGAGCCAACGACCAGUCGCAACGCCAGCUCCGGACAGAUGAGCAGAUGGGCUUCCUUCAGAGUCAGAACGCUGGUGAACGGGCACCAGACCCUGGUGUUCGUGGUGCACAACGUGGUGGGCUACCUGCUGAUGCUCGCCGUAAUGCUGUACAACGUGCACCUGAUACUGGCCGUGGUCUUCGGCAUGAUGCUGGGUUACUUCCUCUUCGGCACAAAGCUGACACGGCUGCAGAUGCAGUGCUUCAACACCAGGCGGGUGAUCUGCACGCCGGAGUGCGACGACACUGCUGAGAACACAACACCGCCGCUUCUAGAGUCGACGCAAAAUUCAGAAUCUGACUUUUUCAUAUGCCGGACUAGAAAUUGCAUUCAACCUUCACACUACUUCCCAGCAAAUACAUCACCAGAGACUGGCGAAUCCAGUAACACAGCGUGCUUCUAUGGUGCCAAAAAGUGUCCUUCCAAAGUUGCCAGAGUGAAAAAACCCCAAGCCGGCACUAGUUCUUGUCAUCACGGCGAAAGCGAAAAGGAAGAUAGCCCGAGCGUAGAAGAUGCGCAACUUCUGAGACCCCACAGUUGUUGUAAAAAGAAAGAAGCUCAAAAAGAAGAAAAAUGCUGCAAAUCUAGUCAUAGCACCGCCUUCGUUGAAGCGCCUGAUGAAGAGCAUUGCGUGGAAAACACUUCUGAUGCCAACCAAGAGCCACAAAGUAGAGAAGAAAGUCCCCAGGUCACGUGCUGCCACAACACAAAAUCUCUCAUGGGCAGUCAGGAACAGAUAAUAAAAUGACAGAAUAUUGCCGGUUAUUGUACUCUGUGGUUCUAGUUUAAGCUCUCGUCACAAAAGUUGAAACUACGCAUUCGAUUUUUUUUCAUUCUGAGGUUUCUGCGAAGCAAGGCAAUUAAAAAAAAAAAAAAGUUUGGCCUAAUGUGUGACGUUAUUUCAUUGGCUAGAUUUCAACUUUCCUGACGCUUUAUGUUAAAAGAGGCUCAUAAAUAAUAUUUUUUGCAUGUUUGAAUAAUAUUUUUAUACAAGUUAUUAGAGUAUGUCUUUAUUAAGUUUAUAUAGUUUAUAAAUUGAAGUUAAGUCUGUUAGUUAGAAGAAUGCGAUACGAAUUUGUUUGUUGUAAUGAAAUGUUCGUUUUAUCUGUUGCUACGCUCAAUCUUAUUUAAGUAAUUUAGAAAACACUUCCUAAAAUCUCGUAAGCAAUAAAAAAAAUAGCAACGAUUAGAUUUUAUAUACCUAGCAAUAUUUGAAAUUUGUCCUUCCGCCGUGUAUUAUGAACAAGACUAGAUUUAUUUUUAAGUUUCUCGCCAUAAUAUAA